UGAACAAUGUGCUGAAGUAAACAACUGUUCCCAUUUUAUAGGUGGCUUACACGGAUUAUUUCCUGCGAAUGUUGCCGACAAUUUAUCAUCGGAUUAUUUUUUAUGCAUUUUCAGAAGACCCACAAAUCUAGUAUUUUUCAUAAUUCAGUCACAAGGCCACAGGAAAGGUCGAAAUCAGUCGAGUCACGAGGACUCGGAACAAGGUCAACACACGUCUUGUCGUCCAUUUUGAAGAAAGACGUCAAUACUCACGGGCCGUGUAAUAUUUUUUGAUUCAAAAUGUAUGAUCGCGCCCCGCGAAAUCUGUCAUUGCCUGCGGAGAGCACCGGGCCCAACGUUGGACCGGGCAGUUAUGAAACCCCGAUUGCAACCCAGGCUCUCUUGCGAUCAGAUGGAUAUGCACCUUUUAGCUCUAUGACGCAGAGAGAGACAUUUCUUGACGUACAGGAUGCAGUCAUUGCAGCUCCUGGUCCAGGACAUUAUGACCCAGCAUUUGCCCAGGAUGGUGUAUUGGGGGGCAAAACAUUAGCAAAUAAAUCCAAGAGGUUCCAGGAUCGUGUGUCGGCAACUCCUGGCCCUGGAACAUACAAUUUAUCCAAACACAGUGAUUGGGUAAAAAAAUCUGGUAUCAAACCCACUACUGCACCAAGUGUAAUGAGUGAAAAAAGAGACAAGGGAAUGCUAAUAACAAGUCGUGUGAAAUACCAACGCAAACCACAGGCUCCAUCAAUACCAACCCCAGGCCAGGCUUAUGGUUAUGAAGAAGGUGUCGAUGGAAUUCUUAAAAAGCAGGAUGCACCACCAAGAGAUGUCUCAAUUGGCCCUGCAUAUUACAGCGUCCACCAUGCCGACACAAAAACAUCAGUGAAAUAUCGAGGCGUGCACUUUGGUAACAGGACAUCACAGCGCAUGGACUUUGGCGGCAAAUACGGUCCCGGGCCAGGAGAGUAUAACCCGUACACUGAUUCUGAACUUACAAUAGAAAAUAUGAAUGCACGAGCUGAAGAAAAGAAAUACGAUUCAAAACUACCAAGGUACCAUGAGAUGAUCGUACAACAGGAGGAAAAAAGGGAUGUUCCUGGUCCUGGAAAAUAUGAAAUUCAAAGUCAGUUCAAGAAACAAAAUCCUGCUGUUAAUACAGAGGGAAUUGAAGUUGAACACCCUCCCUUUAUGGCACAAGCUAAGAGAUUCAAUGAAAAAGCUCACAAUAUUCCUGCUCCAGGUGCAUAUAACGAUCCAAGGCAUUCCAUGGAAGCCCUUAAAAAAAUAACAGGAUUAAAAAGAAGUCCCUUUGGACAAACAGCUGUUAGAUUUGUACCAGAACCACAUAUUAAGAAAACACCAGGUCCAGGCACAUAUAAUUUUCCGGGCUUGUCACAAGAAAGUGUGAAAAAAGCUUAUAUGGAAAGCACCAGAAGAGGUGCAUUUGGUACCACGUCCGUACGGAUACACCCAAUGACAAAAAAACAGGAGACCACGCUACCUGGUCCGGCCCAUUAUCAGGUUAAGGAGAAACAAACUUACAGUCGUUACUCACAAAAUAUCACCGCCAACUUUGCAUCACAGAGUAACAGGCUACAUUCACCACCUCCAGUUGUCAAGGAGGUGCCACCACCAGGAGCAUAUGAGGUCAGUAAGUCACAUGACAAGACACAAGGUCGAGUUGUUCAUACUGGUCCACGAUCCGAAGAAGGUAAAAAGAAAGCUGGUGCUUUCUUGUCUUCAGCAUCACGAUUUGUACCACCAAGAGAUACUAUCUUUGAAGAGACUGAUCCAAACAAUCCUGGUCCUGGUUCAUAUGAUCCUACUGUGAAGGACGUUGUUAAACUUGGCAGAAUGGUAACGAGAGACGAACGAUUCAAGGCUAUGAAGAAUGACUUCCCUGGCCCAGGAGCAUACGAGUUGAGUCCUCUUUUACAAGACACCGUCCUGAAAGGCACGUUUAAUGCAACACUCAAUAACCCAGUGGCACCACAAAUGGACUUUGAAGGACGAUCGACCUCUACAACAAAGCAUGCAUUCUUAUUGGGUGUCUAACUAACCAAUCAGCAUCCAUCAAACAUGUUGUUUACAGAGAUCAAGUUUUUGUGUGGUUCUAAGCAGUAUUAAUAUCUGUGUAUAUAUAGUCCGUCCGAUUUUGAUCAUAACUUUUUUCAUGCAUUUGUAACUUUUUUCUGUUCUCUGAAGAUAAAUAACGUUAUCAAAAUAAUGGUAUAUUCAUUUCAUAUAUACAUAAAUUAGAGGAUGCUAUAUUGUUUUCAAAACUUAAUAUUUAUCUUUCCAUUUGGUUAUUAGUGAUUAACCCUACGUGUCAUUUAACCCAUGUGAACCAUAUUUAAGAAAAAUAUAGACAUCAUUAUUCAAAAAAAAAAAGGUGUUCUCUUUGUAAAUGAUGUAAAU